AUGGUGGACAUGGACCAGAAGAGGUUACCCAAGAGGGAGACGCUGUCAGCCCCCAGCCAUCUGGGCGAGACAUUUGCAGACCCCCUGAGCUUGAUCCUCUUUCGUGACUUGCAAAGGAGUCACUGCCUCCAAUUCCUGACCCCUCCAGCUUCAUGUGGCAAGCCUUGUCCCCUUCUUGUUGAUUGCCUCUUUGGUGCCCCCUUUCAAAGGUCUCAGCAUCCUCACGCUACCUCCUGCCGCCACUUCCAUCUCGGCCCUCCGCAGCCGCAGCAGCUCGCCCCAGACUUCCCGCUGGCCCACCCCGUGCAGUCGCAGCCGGGCCUCAGCGCCCACAUGGCCCCGGCCCACCAGCACAGCGGCGCCCUCCACCAGUCGCUGACCCCGCUGCCCACCCUGCAGUUCCAGGACGUCACAGGUCCCUCCUUCCUACCUCAGGCCCUGCACCAGCAAUACCUCCUGCAGCAGCAGCUCCUGGAAGCCCAGCACCGCAGGCUCGUCUCGCACCCCAGGCGGAGUCAGGAGCGUGUGUCCGUCCAUCCCCAUCGCCUCCACCCCAGCUUUGACUUCGGCCACCAACUGCAGACGCCUCAGCCCAGGUAUUUGGCUGAGGGCACUGACUGGGAUCUCAGUGUGGACGCUGGCUUGAGUCCUGCUCAGUUCCAGGUGCGGCCCCUCCCGCAGCACUAUCAGCAUUACCUAGCCACUCCGCGAAUGCACCACUUUCCCAGGAACUCCUCCUCCACGCAGAUGGUCGUCCAUGAAAUCCGCAACUAUCCUUACCCCCAGCUUCACUUCCUCGCUCUCCAGGGGCUAAAUCCCAGCAGACACACUUCUGCCGUGCGGGAGAGCUAUGAGGAGCUGCUGCAGCUGGAGGACAGGUUGGGAAACGUGACCCGGGGAGCUGUGCAGAACACCAUUGAGAGGUUCACCUUCCCCCACAAGUACAAGAAGAGAAGACCCCAGGAUGGCAAGGGCAAGAAGGAUGAGGGCGAGGAGUCCGACACAGAUGAGAAAUGCACAAUUUGUCUGUCUAUGCUGGAAGAUGGAGAAGACGUGAGACGCCUACCCUGUAUGCAUCUCUUCCACCAACUCUGCGUGGACCAGUGGCUCGCCAUGAGCAAGAAAUGCCCCAUCUGCCGAGUGGACAUUGAGACACAACUGGGAGCUGACAGCUGAGGGAGGAGUUAGCCAGUGGACGCCCCAUUUCCUUCACCAGGUCCCCCCACGGCCAUAGCCCUUGCAGCCAAACUUUGCCUUCUGAGCCAUUUGACGUAGAGGAGAAGCCUGCAAGCACAUUUCGUGGAAAGAGGAGUUGGUGGUAUCCGAGUCCGAGGGAGAGGAGGGGGUGGGGGAGGACCCACCCAUCCAGAGUGGCCACUGCCCCCAUCCGCCUUGCUGCACAGGAGGGAGGGAGCUGGCCGUGCCCAGAGCAGGGCGGGAGUGGGGGGCCCACGCUGUGGAGAACCCAGAUGUGAUCCGAGGGUACUAGCUGAUAGACCGGCCCCUCAAUCCUGUCCUUCGAAGGAUUGUACAUAUACCUCUCGACCACGUAGAAACCAUGUAGGGGUCUCUAGCUAUUUCUGUGGAUGGCAGCCGGAGCAUGUUAGCUUAAGAAAAAUGUCGUGUGUGGUGCUCUAGUCAUCUUGUGGUGGACAUGUCGCUAUUGCCCAACUUGCACCAAAUGUUUCUCAUUGAGUUUCUUGUUUUGGUGCCUGACUGAACCAACCAACGACAGCCCCAAUCUUCCCGUCUUUAUGAGAGAAAGGAAAAAGGAAUCAAAGGUGAAAAGAAAA